AUGACGACCUUCGGCUGGACCGCUGACGUCCUGUACACGACUGUCAGCGGGUUCGGCUUCUGUGGUCGAUGCUUCACCCUCGUGCUCACCCUGACGCUUUUUUUCGUCGUCGUAGCGUUUCCCAUGCUCUGUUGCCUUCGCGUGGACCGCUUCAUCUCAAUCUCAUGGACGCAGGUAUUCACUCCGUUAUGGAUCCUGGACGCUCUCUACUACGGGAGUGCGCUCUUCUCGCUCGUCUUUUCAACCGGCGAGUUGUCCUCGUUUCGCAAGAAGUUGCUGCUGCUAUGGGCACAAGCAUUGCUCGCAAUGAAGCUGGACGGCGUCAUCCACUGGAGUCUCGCAGCAGCGCUAUCUCCGUGCUUUUUGUAUGCGUUCCUCGACGUGCUGAAGACUGUGGCUGGUGGUAUGCAAACGCACCAGAGACUCGUGGCCAACGGUAGUAUUGAUGCUGAGAGUUCCCAGACACGGGGUGCUGAACCAGAACGUCAGCUGCUCGUGAAGGCCGUUGUGCUCAGGACGGGGGCCACACUGCUGUUCAUGGCUCAGGCUUCGUUGGUCGAUAUGAAGGUCAAUGGGAGGCUGCGGGGGACUCGUUGGUGGCAGGUCAUGGCUCCUGUGUGGAUCUUCGUCGCAUACCGUUUCUGCUGCCUCGUCGCGAAGUACAGAAAUGCCGCGUCGACAGACGAACUGACGGACGCAGUGCUCGCUGCAGGUGUCAGCUUUAUGCUGGCUGCACCGCUUUUUCUCCUUGCAGAACGCUUGGAUGGCAAGACGAUGUCCAGUUUCGUCAUUGUGAUGCCGUGGAUGUUUUUGAUGGCGGCGUCGUUCUUGUUUCUGUUCUGUGCAAUGUCCCUGGCGGGAUCCGAAAGACUUGUUCGUAAUGGCGUUCAGCCGACGAAUCGUCACGCCCAGAGCAGCAAUCGGUACGGUUCCUUUGCCACGAGCUAA